AUGACUCGCCCCACGUCCAUGGACGCUCCCAUGGGCGAUGACGACAUUUCAUCUUCGCUGUGGACUCGUUUCUGCAAACGACUGAAAGGAGUUUUUAGAGACGCGGACCCCCGAGUCUGCAUCUCUUUCUGGCUGUUCGGCCUUAUCAACAAUGUCCUCUACGUUAUUCUCCUCUCCGCAGCCCUAGACCUCGUCGGUCCCGAUGUCCCCAAGGGCAUAGUGCUCCUCGCCGAUAUCAUCCCGUCGUUUGGGACUAAGCUCAUCGCUCCAUACUUCAUCCAUGUCGUUCCCUACUCGAUGCGGGUCAUCAUCUUCGUAUUCCUGUCGAUUGUCGGCAUGUUCGUCGUGGGUAUGAGCCCGCCUUAUACCGACGGAGGGACGAUUGCAUCUAAGAUCUCUGGGAUUAUUCUGGCGAGCUUUUCUGCCGGAGCCGGCGAGUUGAGUUUCGUUGGUCUUACCCAUUUCUAUGGACCUUUCAGCUUAGCGGCAUGGGGCAGCGGGACUGGCGCCGCUGGCUUGGUUGGAGCUGGCGCUUAUUCUCUAGCAACCUCUGCAAUGGGAAUUUCGGUCAAGUCUACUCUUCUGGCAUCGGCACUGUUGCCGUUUGUCAUGGCGGCGAGCUUCUUCCUUCUUCUCCCACGAGACGCCUUAAAACCAGCUACGGCAGCUUCGGUGUUAUACCACGUCGUUGAGCGAGGAGAGCAUCCGGAUGAUGAGGAUGUAGACGAGGACAAUCAUGAUCCACGACAAGGAGACGAAGAGGACAGGCUGUUAGGCGUCUCUGCUCCCUCCGAUACCCACAAGGCUGUGCCUGUUAGCAAGGGGGCAACUAAAUGGGAGCAUUUCCGUGCUAACCUCCGCCGUCUUCGAAAGCUGUUUUUCCCCUAUAUGCUUCCGUUACUCAUGGUGUUCAUCUCCGAGUAUGUGAUCAACCAAGGCGUGGCUCCCACUCUGCUCUUUCCGUUAUAUACCACACCAUUCGAAAACUUCCGUGCUUUCUACCCGGCGUACAAUGCGAUCUAUCAAGCUGGAGUCUUUGUUUCGCGCUCCUCGACACCAUUCUUCCGUAUCCACAACCUUUAUCUGCCAUCCUUACUACAACUUUUGAACCUGGCACUUCUGACGCUUCACUCCUUGUUCAACUUUAUUCCCAACGUCUGGCUUGUCUUCCUUAUUAUCUUCUGGGAAGGUUUGCUGGGCGGUCUAGUUUACGUCAACACCUUUGCAGAAAUCAGCGAUCGCGUCCCUGAAGAAGACCGCGAAUUCUCUCUCGGAGCUACAACUGUGAGCGAUUCAGCCGGUAUCUGCAUUGCAGGGUUCUUGAUGUAG